AUGAUUAAUAAUAAUGACGGAAAUGAAGAAAAUUACAGAAGUAGAGGGGAUAAUUCUUCUGAUAGUGACGAUGAAAAUAUAGAAAAUGAUCAAAUAAACAAUUAUAGCAAUUAUAAUAAUUUUAAUAAAUUUCAUGAACAAAAUAUGAAUCCAUGUAACAUUGAUGAAAUUUAUGUAGAUGAUAAUUAUGAUCAAAAUAAUAUAUUCAAACAAAAUAAUAAUCAUAUAAGGAAUGUAAGUAAUGUAAGCAAUGUAAGCAGUAUUAGUAAUGCUACAACAAAUCAUAAUAGUAGUCAUGAUGGAAUCGGAGAAAUUGAAGGGCAACAUAGUUAUGUUGCAAAUAGUCAAAAUAUUUUUUUAGAAAAAAAACAAACUGAAAAUAAUUUUGAAAUAAACAAAAAUGUAAAUUUUAAUGAAUCAUAUUCUUAUAAAAAUUUAAGAGGUGUAGCAGAAAAUGAAAUAGAAUUAAUUGUAGAUAAUUUUUUUGAUAAAAUUGAAAGUAAUGAUGAAAUAUAUUCAGAAUGGAAAGUUUGUCCAAAUUUUAUUUUUAGAAUAUUAUUUAUUCCAAAAACUAAAUCAAAUAAUUAUAUCUAUCCAGUUUCAUCAGCUUUUAUUGAAACUAUGUCAAAAGACGAUUGGGUAAAUGAUUGGGGUUUUAGUAAUGUCCAAUAUUAUAUUAUAUUAAUUAAUCAAGUAGAUUAUAGACAUUCAUUUUAUAAAAUUGAUAAUUUUAAUUUUUCACAUAUAAAUACUGAUCGUGGAUGGCAUAAUUUUAUUCCUUUUGAUAAAAUAAAAGAACCUGGAUUUAUAAAUAAAAAAGGAGAAAUAAUUUUAAGAGCUGGUGUAUUUCCUUUUGGUUCGGAAUCAUAUAAAAAUAGUAGGGAUGUUAAUUAUAAUAGUAAAAUACGAACAGGAUUUGUUGGUUUAAAAAAUCAUGGAGCUACAUGUUAUAUGAAUGCUUUGUUACAGCUUUUAUAUCAUAUCAAUAUUUUUAGAAAAUCUGUAUGUAUGAUGAUAUUUAAUAUUGAAAAUAUUAUUGGAAGUAAAACUCUUGAAUUUUUUAAAAAUAAAUUAGAGAAAAAAAAAAGAAAAAAACAAAGGAAUAAAUUCAAACAUAUUACCGAAAUUGACAAAAAAUCUAAAUAUAAAAAUAAAGAAAACAAUUUUGAAAAAACAGAUAAAACAUCUUUAAAAAGAGAAAACCUUAAAGCAUAUCAAGUGUGGAAACAUCGAAAAAAAAAAAUAAAAAAAAAAUAUGAAGAAAAUAUUAAAAGUGAUGAAAAUAACCAAACUACUUCAUCUAUAUCAUAUAAUAAUAUAAAAAAUGAAACGAAUAUAUCUAUAAAUAGCGUAUAUAAUGAUAUUUCCAUUUCGACAAAGAAUCAAUAUAAUAAUAUCUCUGGAAAUGAUAACUCUAUUCAAAUUAGUGAUAUAAAAAACACAAAUAUUUAUGGAUAUGAAAAUUCGAGGGAUGAUAAUAAUGAAAAAGGAAAAGAAAAUGAACAUCCUUCUGAUUAUAUAUUAGAUAAAAUAAAUUACAUAAACAAUGCAAAUAAUAACAUUUCAAAAAGUUUGGAUUCUGAAUUUAUUUUAAAAAAAAAUGAAAAUAUCAAAGAAGAAGAUAAAAUAACUAAUAAUAACUAUACUGAAUAUGAAAUGAAAAAUAAAAAAAAAAAAAAAAUAAAAAAUAAAAAAAUUCUUAAAUGUUCAAAUGAAAUAAAAGAAAAUAAUGAUUCUGAAAAUGAAUCCAUGUCAGUUUCACACAUAUGUUCUUCUGAUAAUUUAUCAAGCAAAAGCAAUGCAUCGAAAAAUAAAAAUAAAAACAAAUAUAUAAUAAAUAGUCAUGAAAAUAAUAAAAAAGAAAACUAUAGUUCUAUGAAUAAUUCAAAUAAUGAUAAAAACCAGCAUAUGAAUAAUGAUCAUAUCCAAACAUCAUGUGGUGGAUCAUAUGAGCAUACUGUUGACAAUAUUAGCGAUAAAAGUGAUAUAGAAAAUAAAAUUCCAAAACGAAAUAGUUUAAUAAAAAAUAAUGAAGAAAAACCAAAAAACUAUUAUGAUGUUAGUAGUUAUUGUGAUAGUUAUUCUGAUGAUAAUUUUUCAUCGCUUUCAAUUGAAUCGUCUUAUACAACAUCUUAUGUUAGUUGUUCUGAAUCAUCUGGAUCUUGUUUUUAUAAAAGAAAAAGAAGAAAAAAAAAAACUGGAAAUACAAAUAUUGAUGGAAAUUAUUAUGAAAAUGAACGAACUAAAGAAAUAGAUUACAAAAAUAUAUUGAUUGAAGAAGAAAAUGAAAAAAAAAAUAUUUUACCAACAUCUUUGGCUCUGCAAAAUCUAUUUUAUAAACUUCAUACACAAAAUGAAGCUGUUUCAUGUAAAGAAUUAAUAAGAUCUUUUGGAUGGAAUGCAAAUGAUGUUUUUACACAACAGGAUACACACGAAUUAUUAAAAUUAUUAUUAGAUAAAGUAGAGGAACAAAUGAAAGGCACUGUAGUUGAUGGAUCUGUUAAAAAAAUGUUUGAAGGGGAAGUUGAAACAUAUAUAGAAUGUAUAGAUAUAGAUUAUAAAAGUGUCAGAAAAGAAACAUAUGAAGAUAUUCAAUUAGAUGUACAUGGAUGUAAUAACAUCUAUGAAUCAUUAGAUAAAGCAAUAGAAGCAGAAAUAUUAGAAGGGGAUAAUAUAUACGAAACUGAUGGAUAUGGUAUGCAAAGAGCUAAAAAAGGAAUGAGAUUUUUAAACUUUCCAAAUAUUUGUAUAUUUUUAUUAAAACGAUUUACAUUCGAUUUAAAUAAAAUGGAAACAGUAAAAUUAAAUAAUAAAUUCGAAUUUUAUAAAGAAUUAGAUUUAUCAAAAUACUGUAAAGAUACUGAACAACAAUAUACUUUACAAGCAGUAUCAGUACAUCAAGGAAAUAUGAAUAGUGGUCAUUAUUAUUCAUUUAGUUAUAAACAUGAUGAAAAGUUUUGGCUAAAAUGUGAUGAUGAUAAAAUUUAUAGAGUUAGUGAACAUUCGGUUAUAAAUGAUAAUUUUGGAGGUUAUGAUAUAGAAAUAGAAAAUAAUAUGUAUAAUUUUGAUAUUUGUGAUAAAAUUAAACAAAGAAUGAAAAAUUAUAGUGCUUAUAUGUUAGUUUAUGUUAAAAAAUCAUUAAUACCUAAAUUGAUAAAAGAAUGUGAUCCAGCUCUUGUUAAUCCACAAGUUGUUAAACGAUGUAAACUUGAAGAAAUAAUUAACAAACAUAGAACUAAAUUAAAACAAAAUAUUUUACAAUAUGUUAAAAUAAAAGUAUAUGAUAAAUAUAGUUAUAUUUAUAAAUCAUUUUCUGGAUUACCGUCAAAUAAUAUACAAUCUUUAUUUCAUACAAAAUUUAAUAAAAAUAAAACUCUUUCUGAUAUUUUUUUCCAAAUUUUUAAAAUAAUUAAAAAUAUUUAUACUAGAAAAAAACAAAAACAAUUAAUGUAUUAUUCUAAAAUACAUCAUAAAUCAAAUAAAAAACAAAAAAUUACAUCAUCACAUUCUAUGAUUAAUAAAUUAUCUAAUUAUAGUCACCUCGAUCAAACUAAUAAUAAUUUAACUUGUCAAAAUAAACAAACAAUAAUGAAUAAUCAUAAUGAUUCUAUCAUUAUAUCACCAGAAGUUAAUACUAAUUACCACAUGCAAAAUGAGAUGAUAAUGGAUAAUGGAAAUAACAAUUUAAACAAUAACAAUCAGACAUAUAUAAAAAUGGAAAAAGUUGAUGAAAAAAGAUAUAAUAAUAUAAAUUGCCACGACAUUAACAAUAAUUAUAAUAGCAAAAAUAACGAUUUAAUGAUGAAAACACAAUUUUCUAAAAUUGGAAAUGUGCAAACAAAAGAAAAUUUUGACGAUAUUUCUGAAAAUUCAAAUAAUCAAUCAGAUACAAGCAUAUCUACAAAAUCGUCUGUUCCUUCAGGGUGUACUACAACUACUUUGGAUAAUUAUAUUAAAUAUAUUUCGAAAAAACAAAAAUUUAAAACUGAAAAAAAAAAAUCAAAAAAUAGCAAAAUCAAGCAUAAAAAGGCAACAAAAAAAAAAAAUAAAAUAAUAAAAAAAAAUGAAAAAAUAACAAAACGCCCCAAAAAAGAAAAAAAUAUGCAAAAUCAACAAAAUAAUUAUUCUCAUUAUUCAAGAUUUAAAUCUAAUUCAUCUUAUGAUUCAGAAGAUACUGCAUCUAAUUCAUUUAGUUCUGAUGAUUCAUCACAUAUUUCCCAUUCAGAUAAUUUUUCAGAUUCUGGAAAUAUUUCAACAAAUACUGCAUCUAACACUACUACUACAUCCCCUCCCGUUUCUUCUUCCUCUUCCUCAUCAUUUGCAUCAACAUCUUCAUCUUCACAAUUUUCUUCAUAUUGUUAUUCAAAUAAAAGAAAUUGCUUUUUUGUUUUAAUUCCAACAAAUGAUACAUAUAGAUAUCUACCACUUGAUCUCAAAAAUAAUGGAAAAUUAUAUUUAUAUGAAUUACUUAAAAAGACAAAUAGAGAACCAAAUGAUUUAUUCCCAACAAUUGAUAUAUUAUAUCUUCCUUAUAACAAACGAACUGCUAUUUCUGCAUCUAGAAGUUCUAAAAAUAAAAAUAUAUUACUUUUUUUAAAAUAUUUUGACAUAUAUGCAGAAGAAAACAUAAAUGAUACAUCAUUACUAUGCUUAGAUGUUAUACAUUGUGAUAUAAAUUUAAAACCAAAACAUUUAGAAACUAGAAUGAUAAAUAAAGUAUUAAAAGCAAUGAAUAAACAAUUUAUAAUAAAACAUAAUUAUAAUAUUCUAAAAGAAUAUAUACAAAAUAUUAAUAAUAAUGAUUUAUGUUCAGAUGAAUCGACAAAUUUUAAAAUUUUUGUUGAAUAUAAAAAUAAAUGUAAUUUAAUAAAACAAAAAAAAACUAUUGCACAUAAUAAAAUUAUUACUAGUGAUUUAUUAAUAUUUAAUUUUAUUAGCAAUUACGAUUUAGAAAAAAAAAAAAAAUAUAUUUUUUCUUUAGGAAAUAAAAAACAAGAUCUAUAUAUUACUAAAGAAAAUAUAUCAUCUUAUGAUCUCUUUUUAAAUGCAAAUAUAUUGAGCAAAAUUUUUUAUAGAAAAAAAAAAUUAAUUCAAAAAAAUUCAAUAAAUACACAUUAUAUAAUAUGUAAUCGAAAUGGUAUAUUUUACAAAAUUCAAGAUAAUGAUAAUGUAAAUGAAAUAAAUAACAUUGCAAUAACUCAUCAAGAUCAAAAACAAGAAAAUAUAUUAUACUCGGAUUCGAAUAAUUUAUGCCAAAAUAUAAACAAUAAUUAUUUUGACAAUAUAAAUAAUUUAGGAAAUGAAAUAGACCUAAACCAUUCUGGCCUUAAAAAACAUGAUUCAAAUUCAAAAAAAUUUAAUUCUAACAAAAAUCAAUAUUUAGACAAAAUAAAUAAAAAUGAAAAUAUGUUACAUCAAAAUUCUAUUCAAUGUAAAGAUAAUAACAAAGAUGAAAUUAUCACAAAUUCAAAAUUAAAUUAUUCAUCUAAUAGACAAAAUCAAAUUUCAAACUUUUCAGAGAUAUCAAAAUCGGCACAAAACCACGAUUCAAUUAAUUUUAAUAUAUUAAACAAUAAUAGUAAUAAUAAGCAUGACAAUUUAAAUGAUCAUGAAAUAAAUAAUUUAUAUUUAUGUCUAAAAAAAUACACUAAAAAUUCUGAACAAAGUCAUAUUUUUUAUGAAUAUAGCUUGAUUGAUCAGAAUUUAGCUGAUAAAUUAGAUCAAUUUAUAAUUAUCAAUAAUCGCUAUAUUUUGAAAGAAAAAAAAAAAUAUAGUAUUAAUCCCGAAUAUAUUUUGCAUAAUACUCAAAAUAUAUUUUCUCUUGAAUCGAAAGAUAUAUGUCGUGAUUAUCAAUAUCCGUUUUAUUCUCCACAUUCAUCUGAUUUAUCAUCUAUUGAGUUUGAAACAUUGGACUGCAAUAAUGAAAUGGCUACCUCUCCAGAGGGAGCUUUAAAAAAAAAAAAAAAAAAAAAAAAAAAAAAAAAUUAUGCACAAAAUACCAAACAAAACAAUGCAGAUAUCAGUGAUGAAACGAGUCAACUUCCAAAUAAUAUAAAUUAUUUCGAUUCAAAUUUAUGCUUUCCUAAGAUUGAGAAAAAUAUAAUAAACAUUACCAACUUAGGAUCUCAUACAAUAAAAAAAGCGCAUUGUUAUUAUUAUAAUUCUCGAAAAAAUGAUGACAUAAUUGAUCCAUUAGAAAAUUUAAAUGAAUCUAAUAUUAGUGCAGCGUUAAUGUCAAAUGAAAACGGUGCAUCUAACGAAUUAAUAGAUGUAAAUUAUUCAGAUAUAUCUUCUCGUUCCUCUGCUAACUCUGUUUUAACUUACACAUCUGAAAGUACAGAUUAUUAUCUAGACAUUAUUGAAGAAGAAUUAGCAGAAUCAGUUUAUACUAGCAAAAUUUAUGACCACAAAAAAGAAGCAAAACGGGCUCAAAAUAAUAGCAAAAAAAAAAAAACUAAAAAUUUUAAUAAUAUAAAAAAUCAAGAUGAAGAAUACACACAUAAUAAUAUUUAUAAUAAAAAAACGAAUCUUUCUUUAUCAGAAUAUGACCACGUCAUAAGUAAAUCCGAAUUAAUACCAAGCACCUAUAAUAAUGUAGAGACAACAAAUGAUUCUAUAUAUAAUAUGGAAUCACACCUAGAUAAUAUUCAUUAUGAAAAAAGCAUCCAAAUUAAAAGCAUAGAUAAUGCCCCCAAAAUAAAUGACAAAAUUGACGACUCAAAUAAUAUAGGAAUUAAUUUAAUUUCUAAUAAUACUACAUUACACAUAGAUACAGAUUCUAUAAAGGAUAUAACCCAUUCUUAUAAUAAUGCCAUACUAGAAAUGAAAAACGGUACCAAUGAUAUGAAUGAUGAUGACAAACCUACUACUCAACAUAUUGACAUUGAUCAAAAUUUUAAAAAUAAUAACCUCAGUAAAAAAGCAAAUAGAAUCAUUAAAAAAUGUGGAGGUAUACCAAGCAAAGAAGAACCCAUUUUGCCUUUUUAUGUUAUAUGUGAUUAUUUAGAUUUUGUAGAAAGAAAAAUGUAUGUUAACAGAUUCAGAUUUAAAUUAUAUGAUCCUAUAUAUCAAUUAGGAAAAUAUCGAAAUUGUUCAGGCGUUAUAUUAAAAAGUGAUUUAAAAAAAAGUUGUUUAAAUUAUAUUGAUUCACAUUUUUUAUUUUUAAAAAAAGAAUUAUGUAAAAUAGAUUUAGAUAUAGAUAUCAGAUGUCCAACAAAACAAAUAUUUAAACAUGUCUGCUAUAAAAUGAAUAUUGAUCCUACUCAUAUAUUAAUAUAUCCUUACCCCCCAUUGAAUAGUCCAAUUAAUUUCAUUCCAUAUAAUAUAGAUUCAUUUACUUGUCCGCCCGAACACGAAAAUGAUUCUUAUCAUCAAUAUUCUGACAAUAUGAAUUGUAAUGAUCCUAAUUAUACAGAUGAAAACACAAAUUCUGCAUCUGGGCAAAUUUCUUUUGAAACUUUAAUAAAACAACGCACUAUGGAAUUAGAACAUAAUUCUUUAACUGAGCAAAAAACAUUUUGUUUAUCUUUGUUGCCAUUUCAUUAUAAAUAUUUUACGAGACUAUAUCCUCAUGAUUCUCCAAAAUAUUUUCAUUAUGUUAUUCAAUUAUUUAAUUCACAUGUACAAUCGAUUUCUGCAUUUACUGGUCAUAUUAAAUUGAAAAGGGCGAAAAAGAAACAUACCAUAGGUAAUGGUAACGAUUUGAAGUCUAAUAACUAUUACAACUUAGAUGCAGAAAGUGUCGAUUCUACAUCUAGUUCAGAUAAUUCUAGUAGCACCUUUGCCAAUAAUGAAUAUGAUUCAAAUGAUUAUACCACCGUUCAAGAUCUAAUAGAUAAAAUCAAGUUAGAAAUGAAUCCAUAUUUAAAAAAAAGAGGAAUCAAUCCAAAACAUAAAUUUAGAUUAUUAUUUACCUUUGGACCUAAAAUUAAAUAUUUGAACAGCAACGAACAAUUAAUACAUCUGGAUUUUGUAAAAACCAAUCACAUUAAAAAUAUAUAUGUAACCCCCCUUCGAAUGGAACCAGACUUUACGGAUCAACAGAAGCAAAUGCUCGAAGCGAAUCAAUUGAAGAUAAUUCAUGUUUUUAAUCAAACCCCGUCCAAAGAAGUUUUCGGAUACAGUUUUGACGUUUUAGUAGAGCCUAAUGACACUAUGCUAGAAAUAAAGAACAAAAUAAGAAAGAGAACAAUUUUACCGAAAUAUAUAUUUGACAAAAUAACAUUCUUUGAAUAUGAAAAUGGGCAAAGAAUUUGGAGAUCUAACGACGAUAUUAUAAACUGGAAUAACAAACAAUAUGCCAUUAUCAUUGGAGAACACCAUGCGCCAUCGCAAUCAAAACCACAGAUAGGAAUGAAAAUAGCAUAG